ACUUCCUUGUUGUGAGCCCUGGCCCGGCAGUGUUCGGACUCUUAGUCCCGCUGUCCUCACCGGGACCGCUAUUCCGAGUCUAGGUGGUAGCCGCAACCCCAGCCUGUCGGUUCCCCCUUCAGCACAGGUCCUUUCCCCGCACCCCUGCGCUCCCUAACAUGCCCAACCCCAGCAUCACCUCCUCUCCCUACCCCCUCCCUGAGGAAAUUAGGAACCUGUUGGCAGAUGUUGAAACAUUUGUAGCAGACAUACUGAGAGGGGAAAAUUUAUCCAAGAAAGCAAAGGAAAAGAGAGAAUCCCUUAUUAAGAAGAUAAAAGAUGUAAAGUCUACCUAUCUUCAGGAAUUUCAAGACAAAGGUGAUGCAGAAGAUGGGGAAGAAUAUGAUGACCCUUUUACUGGGCCUCCAGACAGUAUUUCAUUAGCCUCAGAAAGAUAUGAUAAAGAUGAUGAAGUCCCCUCUGAUGGAAACCAGUUUCCUCCAAUUGCAGCACAGGACCUUCCUUUUGUUUUAAAGGCUGGCUACCUUGAAAAACGCAGAAAAGAUCACAGCUUUCUGGGAUUUGAAUGGCAGAAACGGUGGUGUGCUCUCAGUAAAACAGUGUUCUAUUAUUAUGGAAGUGAUAAAGACAAACAACAGAAAGGUGAAUUUGCAAUAGAUGGCUACAAUGUCAGAAUGAAUAACACUCUUAGGAAGGAUGGAAAGAAAGAUUGCUGUUUUGAAAUCUCUGCUCCUGAUAAACGUGUCUAUCAGUUCACAGCAGCUUCUCCCAAAGAUGCUGAAGAAUGGGUUCAGCAGCUGAGAUUUGUAUUACAAGAUCUGGGAUCUGAUAUUAUUCCUGAGGAUGAUGAUGAAAGAGGGGAAUUAUAUGAUGAUGUUGAUCAUCCUCUACCAAUCAGCAGUCCACCAGGAAGCAGUCGACCAAUUGAUGAUGAAAUUUAUGAAGAACUUCCAGAAGAGGAAGAGGACAGUGCUCCGGUGAAAGCAGAGGAACAAAGGAAGAUGAGUCAGGACACUGUUCAUCCUCCCACAGGAGAUAAAAGCACUGAUUAUGCUAAUUUUUACCAGGGUUUGUGGGACUGCACAGGAGAUUUUUCUGAUGAGUUGUCGUUUAAACGUGGCGAUGUGAUUUACAUUCUUAGCAAGGAAUACAAUAGAUAUGGCUGGUGGGUAGGAGAAAUGAAGGGAGCCAUUGGCUUGGUGCCGAAAUCCUACAUAAUGGAGAUGUAUGAUAUUUGAGAGUCCUGG